UGUUUAUUGGGAAUGAUGGAUGAUACCACACUCUAUAUAAGGCUCUUCAAAUGCGGCGCAAAAUGUCAAUACUGCCGCCAAUAUUGAAGUUCCCUUUUCUCAUCUACCGUGCUUCGUACUACUUUACACUACACCCAGUAUCAAACCAUCCAUGGCGUCCGUGGCUGAACGAACCAGAGAGUGUCUCGCAGAGCUGGAGGUUCACUUUACAGAGACCAAAAUCCCUUCUGACGUACUGAUCAUUCUCGGACGAACUGGGUCCGGGAAAUCAUCUCUUCUAGAGGACCUAUCUGGUCUCAAUGGUUACUCACAACAGAGUGUUGACUCCGUCACAACGACCAUCCAACUCUGCAAAGCUAUCAUCAACGACAAACCCUACUUCGUCAUGGAUACACCGGGCUUCGACCCCAACGCCGAGGAGAGGGCAUUCCGUGAAAUCAUACGCGGUGUGCAAUCCAUCCGCCCCUUCGCCCGCAUUACCGGUUUCCUAUAUCUCACCUGCAUCCCCCAAGAACGGUUCGAUGACUUUGACCGAAAGUUGAUCCAGUUCAUCCGUGCCUUGAGUGGGCUGCAGUACAUUCCCCGCGUCACGUUUAUAACAACCUUCUGGACCGCGACGCCGGGACAGGCGGCAUCUUACAGCCAUCGCCUUGCGUCCCUUCGGCGCAGAUGGGAGGAUGGUGUUAAUGUGCGCGGGUUGAAGACAUAUCAACACGGCUGGGACUACAACGGCGCUGGUGGAGAUAGAGGUGUGAUUAUUGAUUGGUUUAUCAACCGCGAACAGAUUGCGCGCCAUGCGAAGGAGAUGGUUACAAGGAAUUAUAGCAAUCCGAGUAUUGUCGCUUCGAGGAUCGAAGCGGAACUGGAUGCUAAUGUGCCCAUCCACGAAACGGACGCGGGGAGAUUGCUUGGGCUACCUACUCCUGCUCCGUCGCAGUUUACCACAAGCGCACACGCAGCAGCACGACCGAGCCAAAAUGCCUCUUCGCAUACAGAUGCCUCGAACCCGGUACCCCCGCUGGCCGCACAUACAUCUAGUAAUACAACCCAAGAACAAACAGCGACCCCGCCGCCUGCGACUUCUGCUACCCAAGUGCUUCUUGAGGGACUCAGCUGGUGCUUCCGCAAUAUUAACCUUGGCAGUGUAGCCAGAGGCACGGGUUCAAGACCGAGCAUGGUUAGUGGCGAUCCAUAUAGAGGAGGUGGAGAUCCUCUUUCCCAUGUCGACUUGAUGAAAUCGAGAGGCCUUGACUCGAGCAGGGAGGCCAGGGUGAUAUAUGCUCGGCAACAUGGAAUAGGAGGCGUACCUUUCUCUGCGUCGUGGGGGGAGGCAAUGCUGAGGCAUCUUCAAAAGAAUGGAUGAUACAAUACAUGGCGAUUGAAAACAAGAUGGUUUGAAGGGCGCAAGGAAUAUGAUAUGGUUCGUAGUUGUUUAUAA